GAUUGGGAAUCCGUACCUGACUUUUGUCCUUCCUUAUCUACAUUACCAAAUAAUUCAAAAUGUCUUAAAACUGAAUGGAAAGGACAGCCAAUGAAUAUUGAUAACGAUCCUUUAAUCAACAAGUUACAUCCAGCAGAGGUUGUCCUAGCUUCUAUAUUAAGAUUGCCUUGCAAUCUUUAUUUAGAUUCUAAAAGAAGAUUAUUUGCCGAAAAGGUUUGCAGAUUGAAAAAGGGAUUAUUAUUCAGAAGAACUGAUGCUCAAAAAGCAUGUAGAAUUGAUGUCAACAAAGCCAGUAGAUUAUUUGCUGCUUAUGAGAAAAUAGGUUGGUUAGAAGAUUCCAAUUUCAAACAAUAUUUAUAA